AUGGUUAACAACGAUCCAAAUGACAAACAAAACACAGGCAUGUCAGCUGCUCAAGGAUGCAAAAGCUAUGUGUUUCAUGCAGACAAAAACACAUCCUUAAGAUUGAUCGAUACCCCUGGAAUCGGUGACGCUAGAGGAAUCGACCAAGAAAAGAAGAAUUUCGAAAACAUUCUAAAAUAUAUUAGCCAACACAAGCACCUGAAUAGAAUCUGUAUUCUCCUUAAGCCUAAUAACGCACGAUUGAAU